AUGAAUUCAACCGAUAUUCGUGUAAUUUUCUUAUAUGAGUAUAAACUUAGUAAUAAUACUGCAAAAUCUGCACGCAAUAUAAACCAGGCAUUUGGGGAGAAUACUGUGAACGAUCGAAAAGUGCAGCGUUGGUUUGAAAAUUUUCGGUCUGGUGAUUUUUCCUUGCAAAAUGAACCGCGUGGAAGACCCGAAACGUCUAUGAAAAAUGAUGCUCUCAAAGCAUUGGUGGAAACGAAUCCAACUGUUUCUUCAAGGGAACUUGCUGCCAGAAUGGAAGUUGACCAUACAACAAUAUUGCGACAUCUUUCUGAAAUUGGUAAGGUGAAGAAAAUGGAUAAGUGGAUACCGCACGAACUAACCGAGCGAAAUAAGCUAAAUCGCUUGAACGUAUGCUCAUCAUUGCUAACCCGAUUUAAUCGAAAUCCAUUUUUCGAUCGGAUCAUUAUUUGUGACGAAAAAUGGGUUCUUUAUGACAGUAGAAGAAGGUAUGCUCGGUGGCUUGAUAGGGAUGAGGCUUGUGCUCAUACUCCAUGGCCAUCACUUCAUCCACGGAAAAUUUUAAUCAGUUUGGUGGAAUGUGACUGGAGUAAUACACUACUCAUUCCUUCGAACUGGAAUGACAAUUACAGCCGAAAACAUCCACCUUAUUCACCGGAUCUUUCGCCAACCGACUUUCAUUUAUUUAAACAUUUAGAACUGUUUUUACGGGCUAAACAGUACGAAAAUGAAGACAGUCUGAAAAAUGCCAUAUCAGAGUUCAUUGAUUCUAAAGAUCAGAAUUUCUUCAAGACAGACAUCUAUGCAUUAAAAUCUCGUCGGGAAAAGUGUAUUGAAACAAAAGUUGAGCUUGCCAAUAAAGAUAUAACUUCUCUGGCGAAUUACGACGGUUGCCCAAUAAUAUUUGCCUGUUAA